AUGAGAGAGCGGUUUUAUCUGUCACAUGUCCGAGCUGCUAUGUACGAGGAGUUUCUACAUCUCCAGCACGGUUCAUCGUCUGUUGUGGAGUACCACAGGCGAUUCUUGGAGCUCGCCCGUUUCGCUAGGACGCUAGUCCCUACCGAGCUUGCGAAGGUGGAGAAGUUCGUGGCUGUACUCAACUAUGAGGCUCGAAAGGCGUUGACUGUGAGCAAGCCGAAGACCUUAAAGGAGGCUUAUCUGAGUGUUGAUGACCUGUACCGGGUACAACAGUUGCAGCGAGGGUCGUUUGAGCUCGCUAAGAAGAGGAACGAAAACGGUGGAUCCCACAACUUCAAGAAGCCGAGGCAGGACUUCCGAGCCAGAAUCGCACCUACCCCACCUCAAGGAUCAACCCGAGAAAAGUCUGGAGAUCAAGCUAAGACGUUUGCAUGCAGAAAGUGUGGAAAGGAGCAUGUGGGAAAGGAUUGCCAUGGUUUUGCACUCUGA